AUGGCCACCCCUACUCUCCGCCGUACCCAUAGAAGACACACUGCGGACGAAGAGCCCACUCCACGCUUUAGCAACAUGUGCACCUCAGUGCUCGGUUCUCCCUUCCUCACCACGUCCGACCUGCCUCCUGAAUCCAACGGUCCUCGCGCGUCGACCUCUACCAGCGCAGCGUUCACGCUGGCGUACUCCAACAUCGAGAUGGAGCCCGUCGAUGGCGCAGAUGUCUCUGUCCCUCGCGAUCUGACCGUCACGCGCCCGCCAUCGCCCUCACCGAGCUUCCGCACGGACACGUACUCUGUUAUCAGCUGGAACGCGGACAGUUAUCCGUACCCUUACAUGGAGAACACGCCGCUCUGCGGGCCUUCCGGCCGCCGCACUGUCAACGGAUACUACCCGUACGCCUCGACCUACUAUCCGAACGGCAGCGGUGCGUCACCCAUGAAGCCAUCGCGCAGCCUCUCGCUGGGCAUCAUACCGCGCAUCUGGGACGCCCUCCGGGAAGGAUCCCCUGGGCGGAAGGGCAAACGUCGCCCCGGUCUGCCCACUACAUCAAUCUGGCGCUACGGCAGCGUCACGGACAGCGAGUACAUCGAUUACCUGAAUCUGCCGCCGCUGGAUGGCGAGGAGGGCGAGCUGAUUGAUGACGAGGCAUGCUUCAUCGACGCUACGCGGAUCACUGGUACUGAUAUCGUAGGUCUGCUGCCUCCAGAGAUCGCGCUCCACCUCUUGUCAUUCCUUGACCUGCAAGCUGUGCUUGCGUGCCUCCGCGUCAGCAGGACGUGGAACCGCCUCUGCCGAGACAACUCCAUCUGGCGCUCGCAGUUUGUACGGCGCCAGCCAGAUGGCUGGGACGUUGACCUCCGGCGGGCACCCCCGGCGCCUUUGUCUGCGUCAAAAUCGUGGCUUCCGGCGCCGCUAGAGCUGGAGUGGUACGAGAUGUGCCGGACGAGGGCGGAACUGGACCGACGGUGGAGUGCGAGCGAGGGGGCCGACGGCGCACCCGCUUGGGAGCCCAAGGCGAAGCGGCUCAGCGGGCACAUGGACAGCGUCUACUGUCUGGAGUUCGACUCGAGGAGGAUCGUCACCGGCUCGCGGGACCGCACGAUCAAGGUGUGGAGUCUGACGACGGGGCGCUGUCUGGCGACCUUCACCGGCCAUCGGGGGAGCGUUCUCUGUCUCAAGUUUGACAAGGACUGGGACUUCCCGACAGGGGAAGAGGAUGAGUGGGAGGACGGGAGUGAGUGGAAGCAUGGCUUCAUGGUGAGCGGCUCGAGCGACUGCUCCGUGUGCGUGUGGGAUCUCUGUACGCGUUCACCGGUGGCUGGCGAGGAUGGCCAGGUGAAGGCAGAGAUUGCGGCGGUGUUGAGGGGCCACACUGGCGGUGUCCUGGACCUGAGGAUCGACUCAAGAUGGAUCGUAAGCUGCUCGAAGGAUGCACUGAUCCGUGUCUGGGACCGCCGCACACUGCAGCUGCACUGCACAUUCCGUGGCCACGAGGGCCCUGUGAACGCAGUCGGGCUGCAGGACAACAAGGUCGCGAGCGCGAGUGGAGACGGGAGAAUGAUGCUGUGGGACAUCAUCUCUGGAGAGCGACUGCGCACGUUUGAGGGGCACGACCGCGGCCUUGCUUGCAUCGAGUUCAAGGACGACUACAUCAUCUCCGGCUCGAACGACUGCAAGAUCAAAGUGUGGCAGGCGUCGACGGGCGCGUGCCUGCGCACGCUCGCUGGACAUGACCUGCUGGUGCGCGCGCUGUCGUUCGACCCGAGGAGCGGACUACUAGUGAGCGCCAGCUACGACAAGACGGUGAAGGUGUGGGAUUGGCGGACAGGGAAGAUGUUGCGCGAGUUCCGCAACUGCCACAACAGCCAUAUAUUCGACGUGAAGUUUGAUUUCCGCCGUAUUGUGAGCACUUCGCAUGACCAAAAGAUCAUUGUACUCGACUUCGCUGAAGGUCUGGACGUCUCAAUGUUUGUGUGA